CCAAGAAAAAAUAUAAGAAAUGGCACAGAAAAUUUCGCUGAUCACGGGAUGUUCAUCGGGCAUUGGUCUCAAUUUGGCAGUCAAACUAGGAAAGGACGCAGCGAAAAAGUAUUUGGUUUACUCGACCAUGAGAAACCUUGGGAAGAAAGGGCCUCUCGAGGAAGCGGCGGAUAGCGCCCUCAACGACACGAUUUUGAUUCGUCCUCUUGACGUCAAAAGCGAUGACUCGGUGAAAAAUGCUGUCAGCGAAAUCAUCGACGAACAUGGUCGAAUCGACAUUGUUGUUAACAACGCUGGUAUAGCUUCAUUCAACCCAAUCGAGUAUUCCCCAAUGCAUGACAUUCGAGAUGUGCUGGAGACAAACUUCUUUGGACCGGUUAGGGUUAUCCGAGCAGUUCUACCUUACAUGAAGGAACAACGUUCGGGUCAUGUCAUCAACGUUAGUUCCAUUGCAGGGGUCGCUGGUCAUCCAUUUUAUGAGACGUAUUGUGCUUCUAAACAUGCUAUGGAGGGGCUCACUGAAUCAUUGGCCAAUGCUAUCUCUUUAGGAUGA